AUGAUAUCCUCGGUCUUCAUUACAAACCAUGGUGUUCCACUGCUAUUCAGGGCUUACAGCGGCCAAAGCACAAGACAAGAUGCCGUUAUGUAUGCAAAGAACAUGUUACAUAGAUCAUUGUGGCCAUAUAAACCUGUUCAACAGUUUGCUUUUACUACAUAUUGCAGUGUUGCUUUAGAUAAGUUUCACAUAGUUGCGGCCUGCAAUGGGAACUUUAACGUCACACUGGUGGUUCAGUGCCUGAACGACAUCAGGAACGCUAUAAUCACGUUGCUGGACUCCAACAUCACAGACGCUACAUUGCUCGAUAACGCGACUAUGUUACAUGAAUUAUUGGAUUUGGCAAUAGAUGCAGGAUACCCGCAGGAUUUUUACUUGGAAUACCUUAGCUUGGUUCUCACAAAAGAAACUACUAGCAGCAUUUUCAAAAAGAAUACCACAGGGUUUGUAAGUUACAUGAGGAAAUAUGGAGUUAAUUACCAGAAAUUUACAAAAGGAAAGAAAUUAUGCAGCGUCUCUGACGACCUGGGACCCUCAUCUAAUACAGAACUCCAAGUAAUAAAGACCAAGGUGCCAUGGCGCCCUUCCACUUUGACUACAAAAAAAAAUUAUGUAUUCUUGUUAUUGUCGGAAUGUAUCAACUGUUGUUAUUCUCAUGCCGGAGAGCUAUUGGAAACUGAAAUCACCGGUAGUAUGUUGAUGGACUGCCAAGUCUCCGGUGAACCGACACUAGAGAUCAAAUUAAACGCAGAAUUUAGCGAAUUAAUCACGAGGAAAACUUUUAAAUAUUUAGAUAAUAAUAGCGAAAGUGAUUUUCGUCCACCAAACGGGGCAAAGUUCUCUACCUCAUUUCUCGAUUUCAAGGUGGAUAAAACGGUCAAUAUAAACUCAAUGCUGGAUAGAAAAAUUAUCACCAUGAUACCGCCACAAGGGGUAACUAUGCUUAUGAUUUAUCGGUGUGAUAACAAGGGUGGCUUGCCGUUCGACAUCACGCCCGUACUCACAAGAGCAACCAAACAGCUAGUGUACUAUCAUGUCACAAUCGAGACCAAAUUCGAUAAAAGGAUACAUGCAAACAAUGUCGCACUCACUAUACCACUGCCCGAAAAUACGGCAAAUGUUGAAAUGAUCAAUCACGCUGGACCAUAUCAAUAUAAACCCGCACAAAAUGUGAUGUACUGGCAUCCAGGGAAAGUAUACGGAAAACACAUUCUUACAUUGGAAUUUCAAUGCAAAAUCGCAAAGUCGAUUAACGAAUGUAGAACUGCGUUGGAUCCAAUGCAAUUGGAAUUUGAACUACCAAAUUACUCCUCUAGUGGACUGUACAUACGCGAUGUAACACUCAUAAACAGCACACAUAAAACAAAUAGAGAUGUACUGUACAACACAGCCAAUGGAAAGUACUACUACAAGCUGAAACUACCAAAUUAA